AUGUGCUCUACAUUCCCAAUCGCCCAUACUCUCCCUCUCGUCCCUUCUCUUCUCUCCCUCUCGUCCGUUCUCUCCCUCUUGUCUCCUCACCUCUCGUCUCCUCACCUCUCCUCUCCUCACCUCUCCUCUCCUCACCUCUCCUCUCCUCACCUCUCGUCUCCUCACCUCUCGUCUCCUCACCUCUCGUCUCCUCACCUCUCGUCUCCUCACCUCUCGUCUCCUCACCUCUCGUCUCCUCUCAUCUCGUCUCCUCACCUCUCGUCUCCUCUCCUCACCUCUCGUCUCCUCACCUCUCGUCUCCUCACCUCUCGUCUCCUCACCUCUCCUCUCCUCACCUCUCGUCUCCUCACCUCUCGUCUCCUCACCUCUCGUCUCCUCACCUCUCGUCUCCUCACCUCUCGUCUCCUCACCUCUCGUCUCCUCACCUCUCGUCUCCUCUCCUCUCGUCUCCUAACCUCUCGUCUCCUCUCCUCUCGUCUCCUCACCUCUCGUCUCCUCUCCUCUCGUCUCCUCACCUCUCGUCUCCUCUCCUCUCGUCUCCUCACCUCUCGUCUCCUCUCUUCUCGUCUCCUCACCUCUCGUCUCCUCUCCUCUCGUCUCCUCACCUCUCGUCUCCUCUCCUCUCGUCUCCUCACCUCUCGUCUCCUAUCCUCUCGUCUCCUCACCUCUCGUCUCCUCUCGUCUCCUCUCCUCUCUUCUCCUCACCUCUCGUCUCCUCUCCUCUCGUUCGCCAACUACAUAGGGAAGCUGCCAGAGGACCAGUUCACGCUCAUCAUGGAUUUACUUUUCGACAAGGACAAGGGCAUCGGGCUCAACCUCGCGCGCUACCUCAUAGGCGGCAGUGUAAACUACACCAACAGCCCUCAGUUCCUCACUGCUGCAUGGGAAUCCCGCUCUAUCCCUGGCUUCCGUGUCCAGCCAAACGGGCCGUAUGAUUGGACGGCGGACGGGCGGCAGAGGCGGACGAUGCUCGCCGCCUGGCGCGGAAUAUGGACGAGGUGGAGGCGGUUUCGUAUUCGCCGCCCUGGUGGAUGA